CCUUUGUUUCUUUUCCCAGAACAAAUGUCGGCACUCGAUCUCAACAGCCGAAUUCUUUCCUUAUAAAAAGCGCUCUUUCUUGGCCUUCUAGGAAGGAAUAUCGAGAAAUAUGGGUGGGUGUGCGACUAAGCCGAAGGUCUUGAAGGAGGCGCAGGCUCCUGGGCCUGAGAAGGAGGAGAAAGCUGGUGCCGCUGCAGUGCUUGCUAAGACCGAGAAGGAUCAGCCGCCUGAUCAUGUCGUUCUUUUUAGCGUUACCGAGGCCGAGAAUACUGAUAAGAAGAAGGAAUUAGAUGGUCAUGAUAAGGUCAAGGAGUCGGAGAUUGUCGAUGAUGACAGGGUCGACGAGCAAGAGAUCAGCAAGCGCCGUUCCCUCAGCCACUUGUUCAAGGAGACCCCUGUCCCAGAUUUUGCUGCUCAAAAGCCUGAAACUCCACUUGAAUUGACCUCUGUCUCGGAAGUUGUUGAUGCUCCUGAGAAUGCCAAAACAAAGGAAUUAACAACUGAAACCGCACCCGCUGCAGAUACGAAAACUGAUGGAAAGCAAACAGAAGAUGCGGAUCAUGUUGAUGAUGCUCUAAGGAAGGUUGAAACAGAGAAAGUAGUUGAAGCUACACCAGCUGUAGAGACCAAAACCUUGGAUGUUCUCAGUACUGCUCAAGAGAAGGCCAAAACACAGAGACCGAUUGAAACUGCAGUAGGUACAGAAGCCCACAAGGAUGAUAAAUCUCAUGAAGAAAAGAAAGCAGAAGAAUUUAAAGGGGAGCACUUGAAGGAAAGCCAACGUGUGAUGGAAGAUAUAUAGGCCGCAUAAAGCGAUUAUGCAUUUGCCUGUUUAUUCUACAGGGAAGGCUGCCUAUAGAAGCGGCUGCAGCAACCCUAGUAAAAGACGGUUCAUAUGCAUGGGUUCAUGGCGACAACUUGAUUAGAGGCGUUGUUUAUAGUAAUCGACCGAUUCUGCUAGUAUAGUUAUGUUAAUGUUCCUGCUUUACAUACACGUACAUCUCUUGCCAUGCAUGCAAUCGAUGAGGAAUUCUUUCCAGAAACUGAAUUGGAUCACUUCCUAAAAUCUGUUUGUGCCAUUACUUGCAACAUAUCUUAUAAUUAAAUGGAAAAUAAUUUUUGAAA